GCGCAUUGGACGGGGUGACAAUGCGUAAGCUCCACAAACUGCAGUCUGUCUGCAUAAACAUAGAAGAACGAUGACUUGAAUCCGGACUUUCGCUGAAUAUAUGAAUCACCUGGUGCCAAAGUAUCAUUAGAAGUGGAAGCUGAACGCUGAAUACGGACCUCUUGCGCGCUCUCCUCUGGCUCAUGUUGCGUGCAGCUGGAGUUGCGCUCAGGACUUCACGAAAGGCUGUCUGGGUGUGGAUGUACGCUGAUCUAUGCCGGGACUUGAACUUUUCUACUUUUAGAUAAUUCGCCAUAACACGAGGAUGGACGGAAAGUAUCGGACUUCACGCACUACAGCCAGCUUCAGGAGCCCGGUGAUGCAGAAAGAAGGGAGCUGGAAAAACUGACCGGCUGAGGACAGAGGAUUUCUGCGCUUCUUGGGAUAAAAAAACCCCCGCUAUAAAACAAACACAAAAUCGUUGUGAAAAUGUGUCAUAACUGGUCUUUCGCCAGUAAUCUAAGCGUUAUCUCUUCUAAAAAGGAAAAUGCUGGAGAGACCGAAGCAAAGCUGAAGUUCCUUCUCUUCAGUUCUUGAAUUUUCCUGACAAAAACAAGUAGAUCAGACUUUCAAAACUGCUCACUCGAACUAUGAUUGUUCAGCGUUUGGAAACUAACGAUUGCAGCAUGAAAAGACGUGUUUUCAUUCUUCAUUUUUAGAAACCACGCUGCACGUAAGAUGCUCUUCUUUGAACUAACACGCAUCGGCUUGCGCACUAAUUUUUGGGGGAAUUCGUGUUUUUUAACGGCUCAGAGAAACAUGUUGCACAUCCUUGCGCUUCAGUCGGUGGUGUUACUUUUGGGAGUAACCGACUGUCGAGUCUUAGAGGGGUUGCAGAGAUAUUCCUCUAUCCCCACGUACCUGCCUGUCAACUAUCAGCUCCUCAAUGCUGACUUGGGAUUUUUCCUGAAAGAGGCCAACCAGGACUUCAUGAGGAACUCUACCCUGGUGUCGCGGACCGAGCCCUUCUUCAUCUACCAGGCCAGAAGUUUGCCCUCCGUGAACGCCAGCUAUGGGCCCCUCUCUGUGGAGCAGCCUGUCCCCUUAGAGCUCCUGCAGAGCCCGGGGACCUUUCCUGCCUCUUCUCUUUUUACCUUUAACUGGAAGGUGCAGACCUUUAUCAUGAAUUCCCGAAUUCACUUGACCAAGCCCAAAGUCCAGGUGUUGUUUUAUGUUGCAGGCAGGGACUGGGAUGACUACAGUGCCAUCAACAAGCUGCCCUGUGUGCACAUGUUUGCUUUCCAUGAAACCCAGGAGGUACGUGGUACUUGCCAGCUGAGAGGGGAGCUGGGACUGUGUGUGGCUGAGCUGGAGCCACUGGCCAGCUGGUUCAGCCCACCUAGCGUCGUGCCAGGACGCCAGAGGAAUCACGAAGUGUCCGAGGGCACCCCAGUGGAGCUCUACUACAUGUUGCAGUCCACAGACGCAGGGUGCCACUCAGAUGAAUCCAGAAAGGACCAUUUCAUCCGUACAAGUCAGGAAGGGCUGUUUGGUUCCUAUACUUCAACGCCUUUGAGGAGGAUUGGCGGUGUGAGGCUCUACCAGAACCCCACUGAGCCACCUCUUGCUGAACACAGGCUGGAUAAUAACUUUAUGGUCUUGGUGCCAGCCACACCCAUGAGGCAGAGGGAAACUGGCUCUGCUUUUAUCAACGUGUCAGCCUACUCUCCUGUGGAGAUGUUUACUCUCAGAGUGAAGUUAAAAGAAGGCGUGACGUUCCUCGGCGCUCGCCCCAGCAACCCCACCCAGUGGAUAGUUAGUCAAGAUGUGAGGAGCGAAGGCCACCGAGUGGUGACUCUCCACUGCCGCAGGAAGGAGUCCAGCUAUGAUCAGCAAAGGCCUGAGAUGGGAGUUCAGAGGGUGCUCCAGGUGGAUCUGAAAAUGGAAAGCUUCCCAGAGCCGAUGGGCAGCCGCUGGAUGGCCUGGCAGGUGGAAUACCCGGCCAGUCGCGCUGCCACUCAAGAGGUGGAGACAGAGAUCCGCCUGGCUCAGGAGGACGUGGCGGGCAUCGUGCCCCUGGCCAUGGACUCUGAGAUUCUGAACACCGCUGUAUUGACUGGAAAGACGGUGGCUGUUCCUGUAAAGGUGGUGACUGUUGGAACUGACGCCUCUGUUACUGACGUCUCUGAAGCGGCGACAUGUCGCUCAACAGACGAAGACGUGGUCAAGGUGUCUGACAGGUGUGACUACGUUUUUGUGAACGGCAAGGAGAUGAAGGGCAAGGCGAAGAUGAUGGUGAACUUCACCCACGGAUACCUAAGUGCUCAGCUGGAGCUCAACGUGUGGAUCCCCCGUCUCCCCCUCCAGAUUGAGGUGUCAGACACGGAGCUGAGCCAGAUCAAAGGGUGGAGGGUGCCAAUAAUGGCCACCAAUCAGAGGUCCACACGGGACAGCGAGGAUGAAGACGACGAAGACAGGCGAGGGCGAAGCUGCACUCUGCAGUACCAGCAUGCCAUGGUCAAAGUCCUGACUCAUUUCAUAGCCGAGUCAGCUGAUCCUCGAGGCCAGACCAGCUACAUGCUGGGCACCGAUUGGCAGGUGGACAUUACGGAGCUUGUUUGGGACUUCCUCAAAGUAGAGAAUGCACAGGUUGCACAGCUAUUGGACAAGAAGAUACUAGUGGGCCUUGACACAGGCAUGACCACUAUUCAGGUGUUGUCUCCUUUAUCAGACUCAAUCCUGGCAGAGAAGACUAUCACAGUGGUGGAUGACAAAGUGACCAUCACAGAGUUGGGAGUCCAGUUGGUGACAGGCCUUUCCAUGAGCCUGCAGCUCAGUCCGGGAAGUAACCGGGCCAUCCUGGCUACUACAACCACACAGGAAGUCCUGCAGAGCUCCAAACAGGAGGCCUUGAUUAGUGCCUGGCUACAGUUCAGUGACGGCUCUGUGGCUCCACUAGACCUCUACAAUCCAGACUUUUUUGUCCUGACAGCCACUUCACUAGACGAGGAAGUGGUGACAGUGCAGCAGGACCCUUCCUGGAAAUGGCCUGUCAUUGUGACGGAGGCAGAGGGUCAAGGCCUGCUGGUCAGGGUGGAAAUGACUGUUAGUGAAGUGUGCCAGAAGUUCAAGCGACGCAGCAUUAUAGCGGCGGGGAACUGCAACAUCAGGGUGAAGUUUGGCCACAGUGACAGCUCAAGGGGAGGGAGCAGCGACUAUGGUCCUGAUGGAGAUGAUAUGGAGAACAGGGGCAGGCUCUCCUCCCAGGACAGGACCGGCCUUGACACACACUAUUAUGGUAGUUCGAUCUCUGACAUGGAGGAUGGCGUGCUGAAGAGAACCACCACAACGAGAAGCGCAAUAAUCCGCAGACCCAAUGGGGAUAAACUUUCAGUGGAUGGUAGCCAGAGCAUACCAAUUGACUUUGCUGACUUCCCCGCACAAGUAGAUCUGCCCCGUGGUCGCAAUGUGGACGACGAACUCAUUCAGACUGCCCGAGGGCUCACAGACCUAGAAAUCGGCAUGUACGCCUUGCUCGGGGUCUUCUGCCUCGCCAUCCUGGUCUUUCUUAUUAACUGCAUUUCCUAUACGCUCAAAUACCGUCACAAGGAGCUCUCCAUCGAGGACCAGGAGAACAUGAACCAUGCUCACGACUGGGUGUGGCUGGGGAACGAGGCCGAGCUGCUGGAGAGCCAAAUCAGCCUUUCGCCUCAGCAGGAAGAACAGACGUCCAUGAUAGACUCAAGCAGCGGCCUCGAGGAGGGCAGCCACUUACUGAACGGAGGCUCUUCCCAGAAGAGCGUGCCGAGCCAAGUGCAUCGGGCGGCAGACACAGGCUGCAUAGCCAAGGACAGCAAAGGAGACUCCCCCACCACCAAGAGAAAGCGAGUUAAGUUUACCACGUUCACCACUAUCCCCUCGGACAAUAGCUACCCCACUGUUAGCACACUGACUGGAAGCCACAGCCAUGACAUUAAGUGGGUGUGUCAAGACGUGCAGCUUGGAGACUCCAAGGAGUUGCGCAGUUACAUGGAAAGAUUAAAUGACAGUGCUUUAAAAGAGGUGGCAUAAUGUACUGUGUGCACUUGUGACAAACUCACCCAUAUGCCUUCCAGCCAGCGGAGAGUGGGUCUCAACAGAAACCAGAUCCACAGUUGGUGAUCGAGGAGUAAAUUUACUUCAGAAUCAACCCAAACUGCCAAAGGGUCAUUAAACUUUGCGAGAAAUGUCAUGAUUCCACAUGUGACUGAUGAUAAAUCACUGACAAAAAACAUGAGGUGGUUUUUUGUUUGUCAGAUGGUUGCCACUUAAACAUUGUUUUAUUAUUACACGAUUUAGAAUCGUGCAAGUGUCCCAGAACUGAUCUGCAGCAAAGCAUAUAGAGUUUAAAACGAACAGUGACGUGACUAGAUAGAUAUUCCGAGUGUGUGUGUGUGUGCACAUUAAAUGGCUUUGGAAGUUCUGUAUCAAUUUUGGAUUUCUUACAUGAGAGUUCUGGAAAGGCCAAAGCAAGUCAAGACAAAUCUGCAUGUUGUUUGGGGGGGAAAAGAAAAGAAAAACAAGAAUGGCACAACUUUCCGGUUCAUUGUCAUCCUCCUUAGCAAGGCAUAAGACCUGUUAUGUAUAUACUGAACAAUCUCCAAAGCAUUGUACUGUUGCUCUGUAUAUUGUAUUUUCAUAACAUUUAAGGAAUACACAGUAAUGUCAAGAGUGUGCAUCAGCUUUUAUUGACUGCAGCAUUGUGAGGCAUUGAGUCUUUAGAUUGGAGAAGGUGAAGCCAAUUACACACUGAUCUUUGUAUCAAAGACUCUUUAUAAGAUGUAAUUUACCUACAAGCAACAACACAAUCUAAUCCCGUUUAAUGCUGGCCAGUGAAGAAAAGCAUCAAUACUCUCCUCUUGUCCAUUACAAUCAAGUACCCUGACACCACAGCCAGUAUAUGUGAAUGGCUGACCAUCAUGAUAAUGUGACAU